AUGGAUCUCUGUCAGAAAAGUGAGACUGAUUUAGAAAAUAAUGAAAAUCAAAGCACAGAAGAAACUGAACUGACCUCUCCUUGUCCAGAUGAAAGAAGUGAAAGGAAUCAUGUUUGCUGUCUUCUGAACAUCAGUGACAUUACACUCGAACAAGAUGAGAAAGCUUCCAAGUUUGUCAUCGGUACCGGAUGGGGGGAAGCAGUCCAAGGCUGGGGCAGUACUUCUCCAAUGGCCUGCAUCUGGCCAAGGAAGAAAGUGAAGAAGGCCAGGGUGGGAGAAAGUACCAGUAGCUGCUUACUCUGUGUCAAUAUCUCCCAGGGGAGCCCUGAGGCCAGGCCACAGUCUGAGCUUGGGAAGGUCGAGGCCCGGGCUCUGGCUGAGACAGGGCCAGGAAAGGAUCGGAGUAGCCCCUCCCAGAGUCAGGCUUCCCCCCAUGGACCCAACACAGCCUCCAGGGAGAUCAGCAAAACCUGCUUUCCCCACUAUGCUCAUGGUGAGAAAAAAAGUCUACAAAUAAAGGAGUUUAUUUGGUGUACAGACAAUUGGACUGCCCCUGAGACUGUAAAGGGCAAGGACCCCAGAGGCCACGAGCGUUCUGGUGGAAGCACAGACAAAGGCUUCUCCAUCUCGGACUCCUUGACUUCUUCCAAGGCUCUCUCAGUUCUGCCCCCUCUGAAGGCUUCACCUCCAAACGGUUUGGAUGCUCUGGGUAAGAAGAAUAAGAAUGUUUUCUUGCAUCAGGACGAGAAGGGGCUGAGUGUGGAAAAGAAUGAGUGUUUGGCUUGUACAUGUGGAUUGAAAACUGUGGACAGGAGAGGUGCACGGCGACCUGGUGAGCUGGCCAAGUGCCCUAAGGUCAAGGACUAUCCGCCCUUCCCUCCCCAGGCAGCCCGGUCCCCCUGGUUGGUCAACCCUGAGCUGCUGUGCUGCGUGCACUGGUCCCUGCUGCCUGAGCCAAGUGUGCUGUGCCCGCCCACGCCCAACAACGUGCGCUAUCUCGCCACCUUGCAGCUCCUGCAGAAACAGGGAAUGCAAAACUAUAAAGCCAAAUUCAAACCCAAGGAGCCGCGACCUCCUGUGAACACCCAAAAGCGCAUUCUCAUGGAGGCCAAGCAGGAAAACAGGCCCCAAAUGCUGGAGACCAAAGUCUUCCCAAGACCGCUCUUGCCAUCCCUCACAGUGAGCAGAGUUGUCAUUCCGGUCUCCUGCCACAGACUGCUCUGA